CAAUUAAUAUGACGGAGACAGACGUUGCACAUGUAGCAGCUUUCAUGGGCCACGAUGAUCCGAUACAUAGAAGAAUUUAUCGUCAACCGACUGUCUCUGUGGACAUUUUAAAAAUGUCUUCUGUUCUUCAACAAAUCCAAACUCCUCGAACUUCGCAGCAGAAUCGGAAUGGUUCUUCAGAGACGACAAAAGAUGCCAUCGUCUGCCAAGGAAACUCGCAUGAAAGGAGGCUGGACAAUUCAAAUGAGGAUGACUUCGAUUCAGAGCCACCAGAACCAAAGAAACAAUUGAAGCCGAAUAUGAAUAACUAUUUAACUAGUCGCGCGAAUCAUACUAGCAGAGAUUCCUGGUCUCCCGAUUCCAAUAAGGAUGAUUCCGAAUCAGAACCAUCAACAUAGAAGCCGAAUUGGAAGAGACGAAAAAUUUCCACGGAUUCCGUCAAUAAAUCUUAUAAGCUAAUGAAUACUAUGUUAAGGAAGAUAGAUAUUUAUACACAAGACGUCACAACUUAAUUAACUUAAACAUUUAUUUUCAGUUAUCCAACGCAGAAAUGUUAUUCGCAAGGAUCCCUGGUCUCCUGAGGAAGUAACCACCAUUACUAAAAUCUUUGGUAAAAACAUUGCCACGGAGAAUCUCCCUAGCAACAAACAAAUCAGAGAGGUCCUUGAAAAACACGCAUGUUUUUACAAAAGAAAUGUAGCAUCUACCAAGACAUGGCCACAUAACCAGAUUAAAAUGUUGGAGCGACAAGAAAAGCGAAAUCUGACAAAAGUUUUUCCGAAUGAAUUCAAACAAAUGUGUCCUACAGUGUGAAUAUUAUUCAU